AUGCCGGCAAAAUCGAGGUUUACGAGGCUUGACGCCUUCACGAAAACCGUCGACGAGGCGCGUGUUCGUACGACUUCCGGUGGAAUCGUUACCAUCGUCUCGCUGAUCGUGGUCUUUUGGCUGGCCUGGGGAGAAUGGGUUGACUAUCGGAAGAUAGAGAUCCACCCCGAGUUGAUAGUAGACAAGGGCAGAGGCGAGCGCAUGGAGAUCCAUCUCAACAUGACCUUCCCCAAGAUGCCCUGCGAGCUUCUAACCCUGGAUGUUAUGGAUGUCUCCGGCGAGCAGCAGCACGGCGUCAUACAUGGCGUCAACAAGGUUCGCCUCCGCUCCCAGAAGGAGGGAGGCGGCGUCAUUGACAUGAAGGCCUUGGACUUACACUCCCGCGAGGCGACCGCCGAGCACCUGGACCCCAACUAUUGCGGCGCCUGCUACGGUGCCCAGGCCCCGGCAAACGCGCAGAAGGCCGGCUGCUGCAACACUUGCGAGGAAGUCAGAGAGGCGUACGCACAAGCUUCGUGGGCGUUCGGCAAGGGUGAGAAUGUCGAGCAGUGCACGCGCGAACACUAUGCCGAACGGUUAGAGGAGCAGCGCCAGGAGGGAUGCCGCCUAGAGGGCAACCUGCGCGUCAACAAGGUCGUCGGAAACUUCCACCUUGCCCCCGGCCGCAGCUUCAGUAAUGGAAACAUGCACGUCCACGACCUCAAGAACUACUGGGACACCCCCGAUGACGCCCAGCACGACUUCACCCAUACCAUCCACUCCCUGCGCUUCGGUCCCCAGCUGCCCGACCAGGUCACCAAGAAGAUGGGCAAGCGCGCGUACGCCUGGACGAACCACCACGGCAACCCACUCGACAACACCCAUCAGGAGACCACCGACCCCAACUACAACUUCAUGUACUUCGUCAAGAUCGUGCCUACCUCUUACCUCGCCCUCAACUGGCAAAAGUCUUCCAGCUACCAAGACGAGGAAAAUUCUGGCCUCGGACUCCUCGGCCAGGGCAACGAUGGCAGCGUCGAGACUCACCAGUACUCUGUGACCAGUCACAAGCGUAGCUUGGCUGGCGGUGAUGACGCCGCCGAGGGACACAAGGAGCGUCUUCACUCCCGUGGUGGUAUUCCGGGUGUCUUUUUUUCCUACGAUAUCUCCCCCAUGAAGGUCAUCAACCGCGAAGAGCGCGCCAAGACAUUCACGGGCUUCCUCACCGGUCUUUGUGCCAUCAUCGGCGGUACUCUUACCGUCGCCGCCGCCGUCGACCGUGGCGUUUUCGAGGGCGGAUUGCGUCUCAAGAAGAUGCGCUCGAAGGACCUCUAG